GCUCUUCUAAUAAAUAUUAUAUGCCGUGUUCAUCUGUCAUUGGUGAUUGGUGUUAAAUUGUAUCAAUAAGUAGAUGCUUAGAUAUAAUUUUUCGUAUUAAAUAAAAAAUCUAAAUAUUGUAAUAAACUACACCAAAAAUGUUAAAAUUAUAUUAAAAUAGUCUUCUUUUCUUAAUUAAAUUUUUCUUUUUUAGUUUAUUAAUGAGUGUGUGAUUAUUUUAAUAACAAAAUGAAAGCUACCGGUGGAAUAGUCUUUUUAAUUAUAUUAGCCCACGUUUUAUUCACAUUUGCUACUAACUCUGACUCCUUGAAGCGCGAAGAGAGGAAAUCUAAAGGAGUAACCACGUUCGUAAGCGCUAAAUGGGAAGUAACUCCAAUUGUUUUGGAAUUAGCAGAAUACCUUUCAGGCGAGAGCACAGACUUAUUUUGGUCGUAUUUCGAUGGAAUAAAUUCCUUAAAAACAAACUUGAAUACUCUAGAAACAGAUAAACAAGUCUAUGAUGCUUGUAUUGGGGUAGCUAGCUCACUACUAGCUCCAGCCCAACUUCGUAUGGCUAAAUUUGCUCUCUCAAUGCAUUUAACAUCACCAACUGUUCGUAUGUUUGAUCAAAUUGCUACACACAAUGGAGCUAAGGAUGUUUCGUGUGACACAUUUGUAUCAAUUGCAUCUAGAAAAAUUUGUGACAAUGAUGCAUUAAGGGAUAUACUUAAGUCAUCUGCUAAGUACGACCCUGAGGAUCAUAAACUAGAAACAUAUCUGUUAGAUCAUUCAUAUCCAAGCAGUGAUAACAAGAGUCUUACAGCAAUUCUAUAUGGAGAACUGGGAAUGGCAGAUUUUGCUGCUAAACACAAAAUCCUCUCAGGAUAUGCAGAUUUAGGCUUAAUCAACUACAUAGUUAGAUGGAAUGUUAAGCCUAGGGGAAAACCUAAAGUACGUCUGUCAGGUUAUGGAGUUGAAUUACAAUUAAAAAGUACCGAGUACAAAAGUCAAGAUGACACCACACCAAAGGAGUCAGAGAGUGGUGAAUCUUCAGUACCUUCAGCAGAAGAAGAUGAAAAUGACCCACAAAACCAAAUUGAUGGAUUUAAUUUUGGAAGGCUCAAAAACCUAUUUCCUGCCUUACGUACGCCAUUGGAACGUUUUCGACGUCACUUGUCUGAAACAAGUGAAGAACUGGCUCCACUUAAGGUUUGGCAGAUGCAGGCACUCAGUAUGCAAGCAGCUGCUGCUGUUAUAGAUGCCCAUGAUGCUGGUGGUGAUGAAGCUCUGAAAGUUUUAACAUCAAUUGCACAAAACUUUCCAAUGCAAACAAAGUCUCUCAUUCACGUAAACGUACCACGGUCAUUCCGCGACGAGGUGCUAUACAAUCAAGAUAUUUGGGCGUCAUCGCUGGGUCUGCGAGCCGCGGAGCCUCUAUUACUGGUGUCAGGCGCCCAGUACGAUGCAGAGGAGGUUGACGUACUAGCGCUGUUGAACGCUCUAAGAGACGACAUUGGCCCUAUGAACACCUUGCAUGCUUUAGGAUUAUCAAAGAAUUUCAUCAACAAGCUGAUGGCGCUCGAUGUGGGCGAGACUUACACGUGGGAGGAGUAUGGCCUAGACAUCCGCGACACGGCCAUCACGUGGCUUAACGAUUUGGAAUCAGACGAACGGUACCGACGGUGGCCUUCAUCUUUCAUGGAGUUGUUGCGGCCCACAUACCCUGGAAUGCUGAGAAACUUCAGAAGGAAUAUUUAUAACUAUGUAAUAGUAGUGGACCCGACAUGCCCGUCGUCGGCGCCGCCGCUGAAGCUGGGCGAGACGCUGCUGAAGCACGCGACGCCGGUGCGCGUGGGGCUGGUGCUGGCGCCGCCCGCGCGCGCCGCCGCCCGCCGCGCCGCGCUGGCGCUCGCCGUGCGCGCCGCCUUCAACUACGUCGCGCAGGAGAAGAACUCCAACAAGGAAGCCUUUUAUUUCCUCACGCAGCUUUUACAGACGGCCCCGGAAGACGGUGUCGAUAUUGACCACAUCAAAGAACAUUUGAAGAAAUAUGCCAGUUUUAGUGCCAACCUUGACGACAUUAUAUCUGAAGAUUCUGAAUACAACUUUGGUAAUCAAUUGGCCGAAGAAUUCGUUUCGAAAUUAGGAACCGAUAAAUAUCCUCAGGUAUUGAUAAACGGCGUACCACUGUGGGACGACAGUGCGACGCCGGUGACGUCGUCUGUGGAGCUGCUGGAGGAGGCGCUGGUGACGGCGCUGUCCCGCCACACUGGACGCCUGCAGCGAUCAGUUUUUCGCGGUGAACUCGCCGAUACAGACGACGCAGUCGAUUAUCUUAUGAAACAACCCCAUAUUAUGCCGAGAUUGAAUCGCCGAGUUUUGUCGUCUGACCCAUCUCAAUAUUUGGAUUUAUCAGGAGUUCCAUCUUCGACUGAAUUAUUUACAGAAGAUAAAAUCCAUCGUCUACUACAUUUGACGGGUCGUGACGCUCUGGCAACAGCUCUCCCGAUACUAAAGUACUUUUCAAAACCGGGAAAACAGGAAAAGAUAACUCAGACCAUCUGGGUUAUCGGUGAUCUCAAUGAGAAGGAUACUAGAGAAUUACUGAGAAAUGCACUAACUUUUAUGAGGGAGACAGGAGGAGCGCGUGUGGCGUUCAUACCGAAUGUAGACGGCACGUCGAGUGAGGACCAGUCGCUGAACAAGGUGGUGCUGGCAGCGGUGACCGCAUUGGACUCCGCAGCGGCCACCAAGUACGUCGUGCGCCUGCUGGAAGACGAGGGUUGCCAGGAGAGACAAGACUGUGAAAUAUUGCCCGAGCUGGUGCCGCUGCUGCACAAGUACGAGUGGGUGCUGAAGGGCUCGCGCGUGCUGAGCGCGCGCGGCGCGCGGCUGCGGGCGGGCGCGCGCGCGCUCGUGCACAACGCGCGCCUCGUGGGGCCGCUCGCCCGCGGGGAGCGCUUCUCCCUCGACGACUUCGUGCUACUCGAGAGGUACAGCAACCAAGUGUAUGGCGAUAAGUUGUCAGAAGUACUUAAUAAAAAAAAUACCGUGAGCAAAAACGACGUAGACGAAGAUGAUGACGCGGUGGAGCUGUCGACGGAGAAGUACCUGCAGGUGGUGGCGGUGCUGUCGGCGCGCAGCCCGCGCGCGCGCACGGCGCUGCCGGCCGGCCUGCGCGCCGAACACUCCGUCGUGGACCUGGCGCCGCUCUACGACGACGAGGCGGCCGUCGAGAUCGUGGCGGUGGUGGACCCAGCGUCGACGGCGGCUCAGCGCUUGGCGCCGCUGCUGUUGGUGUUGCGACGCGUCGUCAAUUGUAGGCUGCGAUUGUUCCUCAACCCGCAGGACAAAAACUCCGAUAUGCCACUUAAGAGCUUCUACCGCUACGUGCUGGAGCCGGAGCUGCAGUUCAGCAGCUCGGGCGCGCUGGGCGCGGGCGCGGCGGCGCGCUUCUCCCGCCUGCCGCACGCGCCGCUGCUGUCGCUGGAGCUGCGCACGCCGCCCAACUGGCUCGUCGAGUGCGUCAAGUCCGUCUACGACCUCGACAACAUCCGCCUGGCCGACGUUGACUCGGUGGUGCACAGCGAGUUCGAACUGGAAUAUCUACUACUGGAAGGUCACGCGUGGGACACUAACCUAGGAACGCCUCCCCGUGGCCUGCAGCUCGUGCUGGGCACGCGGGACAAACCCGAGACUAAGGAUACAAUUGUGAUGGCUAAUCUUGGAUACUUCCAGUUGAAGGCUAAUCCUGGAGCCUGGACAUUGCGACUAAGACCGGGCCGUUCGGAUGAAAUUUACGAAAUUGUGGGGCAUGAAAAUACAGACACACCAGCCGGCAGUGAUGACAUCCAAGUCUUGAUGAGCUCCCUUCGAAGCCACGUUAUAAAAUUGCGUGUCAGCAAGAAACCGGAUAAACAAAAUCUUGACCUACUUGUCGAAAAUGAUGAAAAGAAUACCGGUGGAAUUUGGAACUCUAUUGCAAGUUCAUUCGGCGGCGGCGAAGACCAAGAAACUCAAGAUGAGACGAUUAACGUGUUCUCGGUAGCGUCGGGUCAUCUCUACGAGAGGUUCCUGCGUAUUAUGAUGUUGUCCGUUUUGAAGCACACAAAGUCACCGGUCAAAUUUUGGUUCUUGAAGAAUUAUCUUAGCCCGUCUUUAAAGGACAUUCUACCGUACAUGGCGCAAGAGUACGGGUUCCAGUACGAGUUGGUACAGUACCAGUGGCCCCGAUGGCUGCAGCGACAGCGCGACCGGCAGCGAACUAUCUGGGGGUACAAGAUUCUGUUCCUAGACGUGCUCUUCCCGCUGCACGUCAAGAAGAUCAUAUUCGUCGACGCUGACCAGAUUGUUCGAGCUGACCUGAAGGAACUAGUUGAUUUGGAUCUCGCUGGUGCUCCUUAUGGUUACACACCCUUCUGUGAUAGUAGAAAAGAAAUGGAAGGAUUCAGGUUCUGGAAGCAAGGUUACUGGCGCAAUCACCUCCAGGGUCGCAGCUACCACAUCAGCGCGUUGUACGUGGUGGACCUCAAGCGCUUCAGACGGAUCGCUGCCGGCGACCGCCUUCGCGGCCAGUACCAGGCCCUCAGCCAGGACCCCAAUAGUUUAUCUAACUUGGAUCAAGACUUACCUAACAACAUGAUUCACCAAGUGGCUAUAAAAUCACUACCACAGGAAUGGCUUUGGUGCGAAACUUGGUGUGAUGAUAAUUCAAAGCAAUACGCUAAGACAAUUGAUUUGUGCAACAACCCAAUGACCAAAGAGGCGAAGCUGUCGGCUGCCAUGCGGAUCGUGCCCGAGUGGCGCCACUACGACGACGAGGUGCGGGCGCUGCAGGCGCGCGUGCGGCGCGGCCUGUACCAGCACGCCGACGGGGAACAGGAAAUCGAUGCACAUCAUGAAGAAAUUACCAAAACAGGAACUACCUCAGAUGAUGAACACAAACAUACGGAGUUAUGAUGGAAUGGUGUUAAUCAAUAUUGUAACUUAAUGUUUUGUUAUUCCAGUUUUGGUUGUGUAUUGUGAACGUUUGUGCGAACUUAAGUGCUCAUGAAAGUAAACUUAUCGUGUCUCUAUAAUAAUAUAGUUAAAUUUAUUUGCACUGUACUUUGUAAAUAUUAGCUAAAACAAAUUCCAUUAUUAUAAAAUUUUUGUUUGCAAUU